UACGUUACACUGCCUGCACGUGGCCGUGUUCGAGGUUUGAUGUGCUGAAGUGGCAUUUUGUGUGUAGAGGAGUUUUAGAAACUUUUUAAAGAAAAUCACAAGCAACUGUUAGAGUGCAAAUUCGCUGCUGUACCCAAAACGUUGCUCACUCCAGUAUUAUAACGACUACUGUAGUGUGUGGCGGUCAUUGAGCUGCCCAGUACUACAGGAAAGUCAAUGUUGAUGCCUUUUGUAUAACCAUUACCACAGUUAGUUAUUAUAUCUCACUACAUCUAGCAGGACCUUUUACCAGAGUAUUUGACGCGCCAAGAAUGUCUGAAAAAGUUGAGAAAAUCCUUGUGAGUGGUGAUGUUGAUGGAAAUUUCAACCAGCUGUUCAAACGUGUGGCAAAUGUAAACAGCAAAAAUGGACCAUUUUCAAUGCUGUUAUGUGUUGGAAAUUUUUUUGGACAAGACAAUUCACAGUGGCUUCCAUACAAGAGAGGGGAAGCCAAAGUUCCAGUUCCAACAUAUAUCCUUGGGCCUUCCAGUGAGGAUCGUGCUUCAAACUAUCCAGAUAUGAAAGGCUGUGAACUGUGUGAAAAUGUCAUAUAUUUGGGUCCAAAUGGUAUAUAUCCAAGUAGCAGUGGUCUGAAGAUGGUGUACUUAAGUGGAAAGGAGGCAGCUGGUCAUGCAAAGAGUGCUUCCACAUUCACUUUUGAUGACAUAAGUUCUCUGGAAACUCAAGCAACCGCAAAACCAGCCAUAGAUAUCCUUCUCACAUCCCAGUGGCCAAAUGCAGUAUGCAAUUAUGCCAAAAAACCUGAAGGCUGUGAUCCACAAUCUUCAGGAUCAUCCAUGAUUUCAAGAUUAGCUUUCAAACUUCGACCUCGAUACCACUUUUGUGGUACUGAAGGAACUUAUUAUGAACGCUUGCCAUACAGGAACCACAAAGUACUUCUUGAGCCACCCCGGCAUGUAACACGCUUCAUAGGAUUAGCAAAGGUGGGAAACCCUGAGAAGCAGAAAUGGCUGUAUGCUUUUAACAUCACACCAAUGUCUAAGUGUGAAUCAACAGAACUAGUGAAGCAGCCUCCUGAUGUUACUGAGUGUCCUUUCUCAGACUCCAAUAUUGCCCGGCCACCAAAACAGAGCAGUGGAAAGAACACAGGUGGAGUCCAGUUCUUCUAUGAUAUGGAUGCCAAAACAGGUGAUGAUAGAGGACAGAAGAGAAAGGGAGGAGGAGGUGAAGGUGGAGAGAUGAAACGUUUACCUCCAAAGCCUACAGGACCUUGCUGGUUCUGCUUAGCCAGUCCUGAGGUGGAGAAGCAUCUUGUAGUAAGUGUUGGAGACUAUACAUAUUUAGCUUUGGCAAAGGGUGGUCUUGUGUCUGAACAUCUCUUGAUCUUGCCCAUCACCCACUUCCAGAGCACACCAGACCUAGAUGAUGACUGCCUGCAAGAAAUAGAGAAGUUUAAGAGAGCACUUAAAGCAAUGUUCAAGAAGAAAGGAAAACGUGCUGUCUUCUUUGAGAGAAACUACCGUUCCCAGCAUCUCCAGAUUCAGGUGGUACCAGUGUCUGAUGAGGCUGCCCUACACCUCAUGGAAACAUUUACAAACACAGCAGAAAGUAGUUCCAUUGAAUUGGAUGAAAUUCCAAAACUGUCCAACAUUUCUCAAAUUGCUCCACCUGGGACUCCAUAUUUCUAUGCUGAGCUUCCUACAGGUGAAAAACUUUUUCACAGAGUUAAGAAAAACUUUCCUCUUCAGUUUGGAAGAGAAGUACUUGCAAGUCCACCUAUACUCAACGUAACAGAGCGCAUUGACUGGAGAGAAUGUAAGAUGUCUAAGGAAGAAGAGACAGACCUUCGUGACAGAAUAAGAGAAGACUUUCGUCCAUAUGAUUUUACACUUGAAGAUGAUGAUUAGCAUUCAUUUUUAUUGUGUGUGUGUGUGUGUGUGUGUGUGUGUGUGUGUGUGUGUGUGUGUGUGUGUGAGAGAGAGAGAGAGAGAGAGAGAGAGAGAGAGAGAGAGAGAGAGAGAGAGAGAGAGAGAGAGAGAGAGAGAGAGAGAGAUACAAAAGAUUCAAUUUAAAUCAUCCUUGCCAAAGGGCCAAAGGUGGAUCUUUAUAAAUAUUGGGUGUAAUAUUUUUACAGAGAAUGUAUAACUCAUUCUUAAAAGUGCAUCACAAACUUAUUUAUGUUAGUACAAAAAAUUUUCAGGUAUGUCAGCUCUUCAAAUAAAAGGGAUGAACAAUGAACAUACAUGCCACCACAUCACACAAGAGCUCACCCCUUGCCACUGACUAAAUAAAAGGAUUUGGAAAUCUGUUAAGUCAGUUAGUUCAUGGUGCCUUGAUACAGAAGAAAGAAAAAAUAUAGUAAUUAAUAGUGAUACAGAUAUAGGAAUGGAGGUUCUAGUUCAGAAUCAAAGUAAGAGAUUGUCCAGUACCAGACACUCCCAUCCCUCAGAUUUCAUAGAAAAUCUUAGAUAAAUUCCUAUUUAGGUUCAGAGCAUCAUGUGAGAAUGUAAUUAUUGCUAUGUGCCACCAGCAAGUCUGAUACACAUUCUCAAGGCUGUCACACUCGGCAAAAUUUGGCUAGCAUGUGCACAGGUAUUGAGAUUUUGUUGCCUAGAUACCUUGACUCUCUGAUGUGACCACUGUGUUCAUUCCCCUGAUUAGCUGGGGAGCUGCUCAGUGAACAACAAGCAAUUGGUCAAGUGGACUCUGGUUCAGUGAAAUUUGAACAUGUGUAGUGUGAAUCAUGACUAUUUCUUUGUUGUCAUUGAUGAUGUCAGCAACAUUAACAUUGUUGGUAGAUUUGAAUUUGUUUUAUUUUUAUUCUCUUGGGCACAAUCAAAUGUAAACAAAAACCUUUCUUGCCAUAUGAUAUAUUUAUUUGUAGAAAUAAUAAGGAACUAUUCCAUGUUAUGAGAUCACACUUCUCAGCAGUCAUGGCUGAAAACCAAACAUCUUUUCAACUUUGAUCAUCACAGAUAAAAUGUCAAGGAUAUUAAGGUAAUGUUGUACAUCUCUACACUUCAUUGGAAUGAAAUGAAAGAAAUGCAUGUUAGACCUGAUCACGUCCUACGAGUGAUAUUGCUUCUCACUUGAUGUUCAAUAAGCUGGAGUCAAGUGUAAGUUCAUCAGUGAACUUGUUUCCAAUAAACUCUUAAUUUUUGAGCUCAUGGUCAUUGAAUUUUGCUGUGUGUGACACCACCUGUGCUCUAAAAGAGUACAAAUUUACAUCCAAAACUUAUUUGACUAUAGAAAUAUUUAAGAAUUAUCAACAGAAUGUGAAAAGACUACUUUUAUUAUUGCAAUUUCUGUUUAUCUUCCCUUGGAUUACUCUCUAGUUGGGGAAUUCCCUCCCUAUGUAAACCUUGCCCAAGAAUGUUUAGCAAAGAUGGGGUAUUGGUUGACAACCAUUUAAAAUAUGCAGUAGUUAUCUGAAAUAUUCAUGUUGAGAUAAAGGAAAAUACUACACUCUCUGUAGGAUGUUAGAUGUAUUUCUUGAUAAAAAUAUUUCUUUAUAAAAAUAUUUCUUGACAAAUUAUGAGCAUAGGGUCAUUAGGAUGGAAAUAGAUGAUCAAAAACACAAAAAACUGGUAAUAAACAAGCCCUUUGAGUGCAUCUAUUUUUUGAGGUAAGAUGUGAUCCCUUUGCUGCAGUGCAUGAAAUGAUUAAGUUAAUCAGUCAGUUAUUGUAUAAGAUGGUUCAAACCAGAGUUAACAUCUUUUUGAGAAAAGUUAUUUCUCAUCUCAGAUUCAUUGUCACCAACUGAAAGCAUCCUACAUUCCACAGAGACUUCAUAAUUCACAAAGUGUCAUCAUUGGCCUGAAGUAUAUGAUACAAUUUUUUUAAAGUAACAGAGUUUAUUAUUACUCAUAUUACUAUUACUUUUUUCAUAUUUUGUAAUGCUUAACAAUAAAUGCUUGUAAUA